GGACUAGUGAUGGCAGAGUACCUAGGGUCUCAAACACGGUGACUAAGCGCAUUGAGGCUGAGCUGACUGCACCUCGACGGCAAUAGCGAGAUCCGUCUACUCCGUAAGAUUCACUGACCACGGAAAGACUCCGUGAAGUUGCGAGGGCGCGAGUAUGAACAGGGGCAUAGCAUGAUAUCGUCCGGUGUACCAAUAUCCGACUUGCCAACAACACGAGCUCAAUCGCCAUGUCCCAGCCUUCCCUCGUCACCCAACUCUCUCACUACAUCCUCGAUACCCUGUGGCAGCUCUCCCAAUGCUGCAAUUGCUUCCCCGCUAAUCCUUCCCUGCGCCUUAACGGCCGCUCCUUCAAGAUCCUGCGGCUCUUAGGCGAAGGCGGUUUCAGCUACGUCUACCUCGUCCAAUCCCCCGGCGACCCGACUCUAUACGCAUUGAAGAAGAUCCGGUGUCCGUUUGGGCAAGAAAGCGUGUCGCAGGCACUCAAGGAGGUCGAGGCGUACAGUCUCUUCAGCCCACAUCCGAAUAUAAUACAUGCGGUCGAUCAUUGUGUGGAGGACGACAAAGGAGGCGAGGGGAACAAGACGGUUUAUAUAUUGCUUCCGUACUACCGAAGAGGGAAUCUGCAGGAUGCGAUUAAUGCAAAUCUGGUGAACCAUGCGCGGUUUCCGGAGCGGAGGCUCAUGGUGUUGUUCUUGGGCGUGUGUCGAGCGUUAAAGGCAAUGCAUCAAUACCGCGUCAAGGGCGCGCCAGGGGGUGAGACGAGCAGGAAAAAGGCGAAGAAAGUCCGCGUUCAAGCAGCUGAAGCGGAUCGGGAAGCUGAGGCGGCGGCUGUACAGGCGAAUACGAGUCGGCGACGGCGAGACAACGGAGACACGGAGCAAGAACCGCUUAUGGAAGGUGAAGUCAUGGCAGCGCAGGAGGGGAUGGAAGAAGGUCAGAUGCGGAGUUAUGCACAUCGGGAUAUCAAGCCUGGUAAUAUUAUGAUUUCGGAUAAUGGCACGCAACCUGUUCUCAUGGACUUUGGCUCGCUCGCACCGAGUCCCACGCCAGUCACUAGCAGAGCGCUGGCAUUGCAGAUACAGGACCAGGCAGCCGAACACAGCACUAUGCCCUAUCGCGCGCCGGAACUUUUCGACGUCAAGACUGGAACCGUCAUAGACACGAAAGUGGACAUCUGGUCGCUAGGCUGCACACUCUACGCCUGUCUGGUCGGUAAAUCACCCUUCGAAGCUCGAAGCGAGGAGACAGGCGGCUCGCUCUCCCUUUGCGUGCUUGGCGGCGACUGGCGCUUCCCGGAUGAAGGUCCGGCCGAGGCCAAGCGCGGCAAGCAGAGAGUUACCGAUGCUGAAGCGCCGAAGAAGAAGGAGGACGUCGUUAGUGAGCCGGUGAAGGAGGUGGUGAGGGCUUGUCUGAGGGUUGAGCCGGCGGAGAGGCCGGAUAUCGAUCAGUUGACGGCCAUGGUGGAGGAGGUGGUCGCGAGCUUGCCGGAUGAGGGGGAUGUAGCGGUUGAGAUGGAGUGAGUGGGCUUUGGGGCGGAAUUGAAAAUGCUGUAAGAUACCCGUGAGUGCUUUUGAACUGUACAGUAUGUUCCACUCGAGCGUAGCUCGGGCGUUAGCAGGACCGAGCGAAACCGGGGACCUAUGCGUAGCCCUUGCAGAUAAUGAUUCGUGGAAGAGGGCAAGAUCAAUCACAGUCCUAUGUGGGUCAACCAUGUGCCAGAACUCAAACCGCGGUUGUAGUCGCUGUGGAAGCGGCUUUCUGCCGUUGAUUGACAACUUGUUCUCCACGCGUUCAUACAUGUCUGGCGAUCAGAGCUCAAACGUUGCGAAAUCCAGGCUUGUCUCGUGCAGAGUCUAGGAUCUGUGCCUGCCUAGCCCGCCACGGCGGAAGGAUAUGGUCACGCUACGAGUCUGGGCACAUCCAGUUUCGAUCUUCUGGCGGCACUGGGGGAGGCAAGGACUCGAACAGAGUCUCAGAA